UCCAAAAAAAUUUAAAGUAACAAAAAUAAUAAUGAACGCUUGCCCCACACGUCUUACGUCUAUCUCCUCUUUCUAUCGAUUCUGUAUAAAACUGCCCCCUUUUUUCUUGUUCGUCUUUCAAAAUCAUCCAUCAAACCCUAACCAAAUUCACCAUCAUAUUCGUCUUAUUUAUUUUAAAUUUCGUAACAAGCAAUCGUCGAUUCGGAUCCGAUUCAAUCUGAUCUGGACGACCUUAUGCUAUGUCUUCACCCGACCCGGCACAGCGCCCUCUGCCCAUAGGCAUCCUGACCCGGUCGGUCUGGUCCGAUAACCUCGACUCCGAGUUCGAACUGAUCCGGUCCGUCAUCGACGAUUACCCGCUGAUUUCAAUGGACACCGAGUUUCCGGGCGUCGUUGUCCGACCCGACCCCAACGACCCGACUCUCCGGCACCGGGAACCGGACGCGCACUACCUCAUGCUCAAGGCCAACGUCGAUCGUCUUAAUCUUAUUCAAGUCGGCCUCACGCUCUCGGACGGCAAUGGCAAUUUGCCGAAUUUGGGCACCGAGAAUAUGUAUAUUUGGGAAUUCAAUUUCCGGGACUUCGACGUGGCGCGAGACCCCCACGCGCACGACUCGGUGGAGUUGCUUCGGCGGCAGGGGAUCGAUUUCGACCGGAACCGGGAUUUCGGGGUCGACUCGGUCCGGUUCGCCGAGCUGAUGAUGUCAUCGGGGCUCGUUUGCAACAACGACGUAAAUUGGGUCACGUUCCAUAGCGCUUACGAUUUUGGGUACCUAGUCAAGGUGUUGACUCAGCGAGUCCUGCCGGAAAAGCUGCCCGAGUUCUUAAAUUAUGUGAGGGUGUUUUUCGGGUCUGGAGUUUACGACGUGAAACACCUGACGAAGUUCUGUGCCGGCCUAUAUGGUGGGCUGGACCGGAUCUGCCAGACCCUGAACGUGAGUCGGGUUAUCGGGAAGACCCACCAGGCCGGAUCGGAUAGCUUGUUGACCUUGCACGCGUUCCAGAGGAUCAGAAAGGACUACUUUUCCAAGGAUGGCAAGGACUUCAUUGAGAAGUUCGCCGGCGUUUUGUAUGGUCUAGAGGUUUCUUGAUAUUUCCAUUGAAAUCUAUUGCUCAUAGAUUUCUUUCUUACUCAAGUAAAUUUUGUACACAUGACUUGGCUUUAUCAAUAUCAUUAUUAGGUUUUAUUAAAUUCUUUGCA